CCAAUUAGUCGCCUUCCAAUAAUUCACUCGUUCUUCUUCCCUUUUGCUCUCGUACUUUCGCGGCGCAAGGAUGAGGGCAACUGGAUUGGUGAGAGCGCAGGCUUCUGCACUGCGCUCGUUGAGCAAUGGGGCCAGAUUGGGAAGCCGCCAGUCAACACUGCUUCAGCGGCGAUGCGCCUCUGGCCUUGUCCUACGGCCAGCUCCCACCAGUGUCCUGCCAAAGCCUGGUUCGCGGCUAUGGCCGGGGCGAAGGUGGCAAUCCAACGUUGCUGCCUCUGUGCUCGAGUCUGCCAUUCACGACCCUUCGCAGCUGACGCAAGAUACUAUCGUCCAAAACCUGUCGGCGGAAGAGGCCAAGCGGUUGUCGAAAGUCAGAAACAUUGGUAUUGCUGCACACAUUGACAGUGGCAAGACCACGGCGACGGAGCGUGUUCUUUUCUAUACCGGCCGCAUUAAGGAUAUCCAUGAGGUUCGUGGCAAGGAUGCCGUGGGCGCGAAGAUGGACUCCAUGGACCUGGAACGUGAGAAGGGUAUUACCAUCCAGUCUGCCGCAACCUUUUGCGACUGGGUGAAGAAAGAAGAUGGCAAGGAGGAGAAAUACCACAUCAAUUUGAUCGAUACGCCGGGCCACAUUGAUUUCACCAUCGAGGUCGAGCGUGCGCUGAGAGUUUUGGACGGAGCCGUCAUGAUUCUGUGCGCCGUCUCUGGCGUGCAGUCUCAAACCAUCACUGUCGACAGGCAGAUGAAGCGUUACAAUGUCCCUCGCAUCUCCUUCAUCAACAAAAUGGACCGCAUGGGCGCCAACCCAUUCAAGGUUAUCGACAUGAUCAACCACAAGCUGAAAAUCCCCGCGGCCGCGAUCCAGGUUCCGAUUGGCUCUGAAGAUUCUCUUAGGGGUGUUGUGGACCUGAUCCGCAUGAAGGCUAUCUACAACGAAGGUUACAAGGGUGAAAAGAUCAGAGAAUCCGAUGAGAUUCCUGCUGAGGUUGUCGAGGUGGUCAAGGAACGCCGUGCGAAGCUUAUUGAGACUUUGGCCGACGUAGACGAGGAAAUGGCCGAUCUCUACCUGGACGGACAGGAGCCGACCAUUGAGCAAAUCAAGGCUGCAAUUCGCAGAGCAACCAUCUCGCUGAAGUUCACUCCGGUCAUGAUGGGAUCCGCACUUGCGGAUACUGCGGUCCAGCCGAUGCUUGACGCCGUCUGUGAUUACUUGCCCAACCCCUCGGAAGUUGAGAACACUGCUCUGGAUCGUAAGCGCAAAGAGGCACCUGUCAAACUUGUCUCAUACAACGAACUGCCAUUCACUGGUCUUGCAUUCAAGUUGGAAGAGAGCAACUUCGGUCAGUUGACUUAUAUCCGUGUCUACCAAGGCAUGCUGAAGAAGGGCAUGAUUGUGUACAACGCCAAGACGGACAAGAAGGUCAAGAUUCCCAAGAUCGUGCGUAUGCACUCCAACGAAAUGGAGGAGGUUCAAGAGAUUGGUGCUGGUGAAAUCUGCGCCGUGUUCGGUGUAGACUGUGCCUCCGGUGAUACUUUCACCGACGGAAAGCUUGAGUACACUAUGUCUUCCAUGUUUGUGCCCGAACCCGUCAUCUCUCUUUCCAUCCAACCCAAGCACACCAAAGACGGCAACAACUUCUCCAAGGCCAUGAACCGUUUCCAGCGCGAAGACCCGACCUUCCGUGUUCACGUUGACCCUGAGUCCCAGCAAACCAUCAUCUCCGGUAUGGGUGAGCUGCAUCUGGACAUCUACGUGGAGCGUAUGCGUCGUGAGUACAAGGUGGAUUGUGUCACUGGUCCACCGCAGGUCGCUUUCCGUGAGACGAUCACUGAGAAGGUCAAGUUUGACCACACUCUCAAGAGGCAGACCGGUGGUGCUGGUGAUUUCGCCAGAGUCGUUGGUUACAUGGAGCCCUCCGGUUCUUUCGAGGUAAACAAGUUUGAAGAGCACAUUUUCGGUGGUACCAUCAACGAAAAAUUCCUCUUCGCUUGUGAGAAGGGUUUCAAUGACUCUUGCAUUAAGGGUCCCCUUCUUGGCCACAGGGUUCUGGGAACUAGCAUGCAUCUGAUGGACGGUGCUACCCACAUGACUGAUUCCUCCGAACACGCCUUCCGUCAAGCCACGCAGCAAGCUUUCCGCAAGACCUUCAUUCAGGGCAAGCCGCAGGUCCUCGAGCCCGUCAUGAAGACUACUAUCACUGCUCCAAAUGAGUUCCAGGGCAACAUUGUUGGCUUGCUGAACAAGCGCAACUCUACCAUCAACGACACGGAAAUUGGCCUUGAGGACUUCACUCUCUACGCCGACUGCAGCCUGCAAAGCAUGUUCGGAUUCUCGUCUCAACUGAGAGCUGCCACCCAGGGCAAGGGUGAGUUCAGCAUGGAAUUCAGCCACUAUGCUCCAGCGCCCAUGCAGCUGCAGAAGGAGCUCAUUGCGAAGUACGAGAAGGCCCAAGCCGACAAGAAUAAGAAAUAAAGCACUCGCAUCCUUCUGCUGAGUUAAUUUGCUUGUAUGCGAAAAUGGUUUACUGGUUGAGCGGGACAGCAUAUGUACGCAGGUUCGAUGCAUAUAGAUGGAGCUGGAUGGGACUUGGAAAUUAAGGUUAGGAUCACUGUACGAUAUGCAUCUACGGGUAUAAAAGGAAGAAUGAUACGCCAAAACUCGACUCUUAUCACCUUUAAUUUUGUACCAUUUGCCAUCGUCUAAUUUUUUUUAUGUGCUUGCUCUACGCCGUUGCGGCCGCGGCAUCAAAGGCUCGCAGCACUGCCAACGCCACUGGGGCAAACGUGACGAUACGAUUGUGACCUCCGUAGGCCAAAAGAUCCAAGAUAACCUGG